CGAAGCGAUACUCCACCCGAGCAUCCUCCUGCUGUAUCCAGUAUACAUUGAGACAUACGUUUGAAAAAGUGCAUCAUCGUGAAAUAGACUGCGGAGACAUCAACCCUCAUCCCUUAAAAUUCAUCAACAGGUGGGUUUCCUUCGACGUGUGUAUCGAUAGCGUUCUUCGAAGAGGUUAUUCUAUUUCAUUUUCAACACCCAGAUAUCGACGAGGGUGAUUUGCCUGCGACUGAAAUACGAAGAGAGACUUGAACGAACGAUUUCAACCCUCAUUCGCUGAAUUUCAACAGCCUGCGCAUUCGAUUAAACUAUCCCCUAUUCGAGCACAAUAUUGUGCAACGUUUCGAAAACUCAAAAAUCUACUAAAACGUACUAAAAUGGAUCGAAAUGAAGAUAAAACAAUGCAACCUUCAACUUCGGUCAAAAGUGACGAAUAUCACGUGGAACAGACGUACUGUCCCUCGUGUUUAAAAAACGACAAAGAUAUUCUAAGACUAAUUGUCAUGAGAGAAUUAUCAGUAUCACUGAUUCAAAUAAGUAUAAAAAACGAGAAAGCUUCGAUUGGAUCGAUAAUAAAUAACAGUUAUCACGCAAUGUCCAACAAUAAGACCGGUUAUGAAGCGUUCGAUCAAUCGAACGAGUCAGAAUUAUGACUAACCCCAGAAUUGCAAAGGGAAUUUUUCACAAGAUUUAUGAAAACUUUUGCAAACGAUUUGAAAAUUGGCAUUAUUUCUUUGAAACAGAGCAUUGCUAAUAUUCUAAGUUCUCCGAACGAACUACUCCUGGAUUUUGAUUUACAAAUGUUAUCACAAUUUUGUAAGAAAACCUUUUAUCAAAUUCACGAUAGCAUUGGUUAUUUAUUUUGGUAUCCGAAAGUAGGCAUCAAAAACAGAGUUGAAACACAUAAUUCCAACUGGUUCGACUUUAUCGAUUCCCUACCCAUUGUACCUCAUUAUUUAGCAACAAAUAAUGGAACAUUCGUUACAAUGAAAGAUUAUUUGAGCUGCGCUCAUGUAAUUAAUAAUAACAGCAAUAUAAUUACCUGGUAUUUAUUCGAUUACACCAGACCGUCUUUACAAUCUUACCUGACGUUUUAUAAAUUCUACAAAAAGAUGAAGAAAACUAUGACUGACAAUAUUAUUGUAUUAGAGAACGGUGAAUAUGAUUAUCCAAAUCAUACGAUUCAUAUUUUUCGAUGUUCGCCUGAUGGCAAACAUAAUACCAGAAAGAACUGUCAGUUCGAACAUAAAACAGUGAUCGAAUUAACGAAAAAUCCGUUUAUUAAAUUAUACUUACCUGUCAUCAUUGGAUCUUUCGAUGAAGAAUCCUCGAAACGUAUGUUUCAUUUAGUAUACCGCAAAAACAUUAAACCAAAGGAUCUAUUCGAACUAUUAGUUGAAUUGAUUAAUAUUUUGAAGGAACUGCAGAUCGAGAGUAUUCCGAUUCAUAUAUGCAAUUCGUUCAAUUUUCGGCGGAUUUUGAGGAUGCUUCGAUACCUGCUUGCCGAUGAUAACAUCAAAGUGUAUGUUAAUUACAAAGAUAAUCAUUCAUUUUUUGGCAGAAAAUGGGCUUUCUGGAAAUAGAUGUAUAGAUGUAAUAUUUUUGCUGAAAUAUUGUAAAUGUGUAUCGUAAAUUUGUAUUGUAAAUUUGUACGAACAAUCGAUAAAAAGGGGUACAAGACGCUCACAUUUUUAGAUGUUCGAAUCGAUGUUAAAUUAAAAAUUUAUUCAAUUAUGCUGAAAAAGAGUAUUUAUCUGGAAGGUAUUUUUCGAAUUUUAAAUGUUUAAAGAUAAAUAAAAAUAUUUUUGUCGUCCAUUAUAAAUGUUUAAAGAUAAAUAAAAAUAUUUUUGUCGUCUACUAUAAAUGUUCUUUGUAGUAGAAUAGAAAACAAAAAUUUUAUGUCGAAAAUUAAAUAAGACUCUAUAAGUCAUUUAUAAAUCAUGAUGUAAUUUAUAUUUUCCGAUAAAUCGGUGAAUGAAACUGAAUGAAGUUCUAAAUACGACCGAUCGCUGUUCAAGAUGGAAUUUUGAGGCGUAAGAGGGUGGAGGGAGGGGACAUUAAAUAUAAAAUGGUAUCUUCGACUUCCUAUUAGCUUCCGAGAUAUUAAUUAAAAUCUUUCGUACAAUACAUAGAAUUUUUCCUAUACAGACGUAACUAACACAACCGUCUUCGUUGUAGUAAGCUGACAUUGUCAAGUGUCGAACAGCCGUUUACACAGAGGAGAUUCCAUCCUGACUAUUCAAAACUUUGGAAACACGACGACGGCCUUCCGGCGGCCUACGUAUAAAUCAAAUGUGUUUAAUUUCUAGAGAAUUAGUAAUAAAAUAUAAAACAUAACGUAAUGUAACUAAAAAAAUUAAAUUUGACAUGGUAUACCUUAUAGAAACGCAAAACGAUAUUGCUAUGGUGUGAAGGGUUGUUCGACACUUGACGAUGACGGUUCUUACAGCGAAGACGGUAGUGUUAGUUUCAUCUGUACAGGAAAAAUUCUAUGUAUUGUACGAAAGUUUUUAAUUAAUAUCUCGGAAACUAAUAGGAAGCCGAAGAUACCACUUUAUAUUUGGGGUCCCCUCCUACCCUUCCCAUCAAAAUUUCGGAACUACAGCCAAGCAACAGAGUACCUAAAUAAGUGCCAGAAGUUUCUCUGUGAACGAGUAAUAAUCUGUGAUGGUAAUUAUCGAAUGUAAUUAAGCUAAGAAAAUAUGGAACUGAACGAUACUAGAUUUAUUAAAAAAGAAAGGAAGUGCAGCUAUACCAGUAUGAAUGGACCCAAGCCCUUUUCGAGAAAACUACUUAGGUCCAUUUAUACUACAUUGUGGCGGUACUUCCUUUGAAUCUAUAGCGAGAAAUUUAUUGGAAACUAUAUUUAUUAUUAUAUUAAUGUUUAAUAAAUAUUUAAUGUUAAUAAUUAGUGGGUAGUAUGAAUUUCAUCUUAAACUUAAAAAUAUGUAUUGAUUCUAAAUGUUGUAAAUGAUGUUGUGUAUUCAAUAAAUGUAGUCGGUGUGUAAAUUGUUUCUUUCAUAAUUUCAUUACCCGUAAUCAUUGUUUAAUUGUUUCAUGAGUUGCCUUUUUAAAAUCAAAAUCAAAGAGAAAUCAACGAAUGUCAGAGUCAAAGGGUUGCCAAAUCGGCGACAACGUUAAACGUGGCCGGUUCGUGCCUUGAGUUGCAUUCGACUGCCAAAUGCACCCGGCUGCACUUUGAAGUCGGUGCACGCAUAACUUGCGCGCCCACUAGAAAUUAAGCAGCUUAUAAUGUUCGCUUCUGAGGGACCUAACGUUUGUGCGAAACCAUUCGAAGGACCAUUAUUGAAUCGAGCCUUUCGAUCGCUUUGAAACAUUGGAAACCAUUUUCAUCGUAAACAAAAUCGAUUUCCAGUGAAGACACCAUCCGGAAACCAGGAAUCCUGGGACACUCGAGGAACUUCGCAGAAUAUUAUAAUCCAUGCAAAAUAAGGGUG